UUUACGUUGUUCUGACGGCGAUUGCUUAUUCACCAUUAGCGUUACAAACGGAUCGGAAAAAAGAAUAGUCGGUACAAAAUUUGUGAUGAUAAAAUUAAAAUGACCUUUAAAAAUGGAUAAUCGGUCCCGAGCUGCAUAAUGUUAAUAACGCCUUUUGGAUGCUACAGGA